AUUACUGUAGAAAUGUGCAAAAGUAGGUGAGAAAUUGGAAACAAAACUAAGGGGCAAAUUGGAGGUUACCACAAACAUAACAUAUGCAUAAAUUUGCUUAUCAUUUGUUUUAGUAUUGAGGUUUGAAGUGUGUUUGCUGCUUUUGCUCGAUGUGCGCAUCCUAUCGAAGAGCAUUACAGCUUCAAGAAUUACAUUUUGACAUCGAAAGCUAACUAAUAACUUUGAAAACUGAUGAUUGGCACUCGACAGUUUUGGUCCAGUGUUUUUCUUUCGAGUUUCACCCGGUAGUUGUGUACGCUAGAGCUUGCGAGUGUGUGCUGCAUUUGGAACUCGUUGAAAAGCCGGCCAGUUCUGCCGGUGCAAUCGGAUCCGCACUAUUAUUACCGCUUUCGUUUCCUACCCUUCUUUUUCGGGCGCAAGGCUACGAGAGGUAGCGGCAAUUAUCCUGUGUUUAGCGAUAGCUAGUUUUAUCAUGCGUGUUUUUUGUUUCUAUGUUUUCCCCACUUUUUGGUCUACCUCUUAAGUCGUUAGGUAAUGGUAAUCCCUUUCCAUUUCACUGUAACUAGCUUAGGUUGAUAAAUUAUCAUGCACGUGCACAACUCUGUAGGUUCAUCGUUUACCCUCCAGUACGCUAUGGAGCGUUCCCGUUUCUUUUUUGAAUAUAUUAUAUUACUUCAAAAUUUGGCAAGCCCAUACCUAGAAAUGUCGUGUCUGAAGGUACGGUGACUGCAUGCGCAUAUGCAAACCACAGAUGCACGGUACAAGCGCAAACAUGCAACAACAAAACUAUGAUAUUUUCAAUCUUCAGGUAUAGAUAUAACGAUGACGAGAGGGAGGAUACAGCUUGAAUUUAAAAGCGCGUCGGUCUUUCCAGGUCCUACGCCUUUUUCAAGAUUGAUUUUGGUAGGUUUCUUCUAGCGAGCGUAAGUUUGAUCAAUGCAGAACUGGAAAUAACAAUACUGUUUGUAUAUUGUAAAAAAAAAGAAUAUAAUACAUAAAGUGCUUGGAAACAGGAUAUACACUGUCUACUGUACGAUAAAUCGUAUUCCCCGAAAGAGAUAACUAAAAGUUGUUCCAAAACUUACCCGAAACCAC